CUUCCUUUUCAAUUUCUACUUGAGCUUCAAGCAGCUAUAAGCAAGACUUCCACAAUGUCUUCCCCCGAGCAAUCCGAGCUAACGGAGCGCAUUUUGAAGUAUUUGGAGGGCGUGGAGCAGGUGGACAGCCUGCAGCUGGCCAAGGAGUUUGGUAUCGAGCAUCAGAAGAUUGUGGGCGCCGUGAAGAGCAUCCAGGCGCAUGGCGAGCGGCUGCUGCACGUGGAGUCCGUCACGCGCAAGUCGCUCGAGCUGACCGAGGAGGGGCAGGCGGUGGCACAGGGCGGCAGCCACGAGGCGAAUGUCUUUGCCGCGGUGCCGGAGCAGGGCAUCAAGCGGACGGAGCUGCUGGCGGCUGGCGGCGCCAGUGCCCAGCUGGGCUUCAGCAAGGCCAUGUCGCUGGGCUGGCUGUGGCUGGACAGGAGCGUGCAGCCGACGCUCGUGCGCCGCAAGGUGAGCGCGAUUGUGGACGAGGUGCGCGAGCAGCUGCUGCAGCUGGCCGAGCUGUCGGCCAAGGACGUGGCCGAGUACAAGAAGCGCAAGCUGCUGCAGGAGCUGACCAUCAAGAGCCUGCUGCUCAGCAAGGGCGCCGAGUUCAGCACGACGCUGACCAAGCUGGAGACGGACCUGACCACGGACAUGCUGGCCAGCGGACAGUGGCAGCAGCUCCAGUUUAAGCCCUACAACUUCGAUGCGCUGGGUGCGGCGCCGGCGCGCGGCCAGCUGCAUCCGCUGCUCAAGGUGCGCAGCGAGUUCCGGCAGAUCUUCCUCGAGAUGGGCUUCUCGGAGAUGGCCACCAACAACUAUGUGGAGGCAUCGUUCUGGAACUUCGACGCGCUCUUUCAGCCCCAACAGCAUCCGGCUCGCGAUGCCCACGACACGUUCUUCGUCAAGCAGCCGGCCCAGUGCGGCCCGCUGCCCGAGGACUACGUGCAGCGCGUGGCCACCGUUCACUCGGUGGGCGGGUACGGGUCGCGGGGCUACGGCUACAACUGGCAGCUGGCCGAGGCCGAGAAGAAUCUGCUGCGCACCCACACAACGGCCGUGAGUGCUCGCACCUUGUACCAGCUGGCCAAGCAGCCGAACGGCUUCAAGCCGGCCAAGUACUUCAGCAUCGACAAGGUGUUCCGCAACGAGGCCCUGGAUGCCACACACCUGGCCGAGUUCCACCAGGUGGAGGGCGUCAUCGCGAAUGUCGGCCUCACCCUGGGCGAUCUAAUUGGCACGCUGCACGAGUUCUUCCGCAAGCUGGGCAUCAGCGAGCUGCAGUUCAAGCCGACCUACAAUCCGUACACGGAGCCCAGCAUGGAGGUCUACUGCUACCAUCCCGGCCUGGCCAAGUGGAUUGAGGUGGGCAAUUCGGGCAUCUUUCGGCCCGAGCUCGUGCUGCCCAUGGGCCUGCCCCCCGACGUGAAUGUGCUCGCCUGGGGCCUGUCGCUCGAGCGGCCCACAAUGAUCAAGUAUGGCAUCAACAACAUACGCGACCUGGUCGGACCCAAGGUGGACCUCAAGAUGGUCGAGGAGGGGCCCAUUUGUAGACUGGACCACGACUAGCCUGCAUGCGUUUUGCAACACUGUCGCUUGCCUGGCAACUCCUAUCGAUAGUAAUAAAACAGCUA